UCACCGGGUCCCGACUGAAGAUUCCACGCCGGCAGCCAGCGAACACCGAGGAACAGUGACAGGGGAGAGACCUUAAUAUGCUGCUGUGCAUUUCUCUGCACAGCAGAGAAAUACACAGUAGCAUGUCUCCCUAGUAAAACACAGCACAGUGCACAGUUACCUUUUGAUUGCCCCAGAUGUUAACCUCUUUCUGCCCAGUGUCAUUAGUACAGUGUCAGUGCUUUUUAUUAGCACUGAUCACUGUAUUGGUGUCAUUGGGAUGUCAGUGGCAGGUAGUCAGUUCCCCCCCAGUGUCAGAAUGCCCGCCACAGUCCCGCUAU